AUGCCAUACAAGCUGACAGGAACAUGGCAACCAGCUGAUUAUGUACCUGACGAAGCGCCCCUUUUGACAGUCUCUCAACAGACGCGUAAAUUGGGAAGAUGGUUAUCAAGUAGAACACCGGAAGACAAAGAGAGAUACAGGCUGGAAAAGAAACAAGAAGAUCGUGAAAGUGCUGAAUUGGAUGAAUCGCGGAGGGAACGCGAAAUCAAUAGAGAGAACAGAGCAAGAAGUCGCAAGAGCGCCCGUGAGAAUAUUGAGAGGAAGCGAGGAACGUCGUGGGACAGGGAGAGACAGGAAUUGGACGAGGCAAUACGAAAUUGA